AUGGCAACAAAAACUUCCAAACCACUUGCUUCACAUCCUACAUAUGAAGAGAUGAUUAAGGAAGCGAUUGUGCUGCUGAAAGAGAGAACAGGUUCAAGCCAAUACGCGAUUGCGAAAUUCAUUGAAGAGAAACACAAACAGCUUCCUCCAACUUUCAAGAAGCUAUUGCUCCAAAAUUUGAAGAAGAAUGUUGCUUCUGGAAAGCUUGUUAAGGUUAAAGGUUCAUUCAAGCUUUCUCCGGCGGUGAAACCAGCACCGGCGACGAAACCUGCAGUUGCAAAGCCAAAGACAAAGCCGGUUGCUAAGGUGACAGCGGCUAAAGCUAAGCCAGCCGCGAAGCCGAAGGCGAAAGCCGUUGUGAAGCCGAAGGUUGCUUCUAAGGCUAAAGCUGUUGUCAAGGCGAAGGCGGUUGUGAAACCGAAGGCUAAGGCUGCGAAGACGUCGACUAGAACGACGCCGGGGAAAAAGGUUGCUAUUGCGAAGGCGGUGGUGAAGAAAGCUGUGGCAGCGAAAAAAGCGCCGGUGAAGAGCGUGAAAGCGAAAAGUGUGAAGACUCCGGUGAAGAAAGUUACGACGAAGAGAGGGGGAAGAAAAUAG